CUCAGCCUGUCCAGUUCACGGGCCGCCUAGCUCACGUUACCCUGACGGCCUUGCCAGUUACCAGUAUACCACUACCAGUCGUUCAUCGUCUUUCUUCAUUGGCUUAUAAUAGGUUUCCGGCGACCGUCUUCCCUUCCCAAAGGCUUCAACCUCUGAUGCGCGCCCCGUGAUUGAGCCUGAUUUCUGCAUCCUUCCUACCGUUCAAAAAGAUUCAAUUAUUAUCUUUUCUAUUUCUUUAAUCUUCGGCUCAAGAGCUUAUUAAUGGGGAAACCAACUGAGGAAUUCGCCGCUCCGAUCAAAACCCAGUUCCCGGAAAGCGAUGACGACGACGAGGAGGAGCUCUCUUCAUCUUCUUCAGAGGAGGAAGAGGAUGAAGACCAAGAGGAGGAAGAGGUAUUAGAGAGAGAACUUGCGGAUGUUACGUUUGAGGAGCUGCAGAAAGCUAGGUCUAAUGGGUCCGAUUCAGUCUACCGAAAGCCCAAUUUAGAGAAGAGGGCUAAGAGAGCCAACAAGAACAGGCCGGUAGAGGUCACUUGCAAAAAGCCAGUUAGUAGGUUUCGAGAGGUUAUUCAAGCUCCUAAGAAGGUGGUACGUGAUCCUCGCUUUGAGUCGUUGUGUGGUACGCUUAAUGUGGAAGGCUAUAGGAAAAGGUAUGAUUUCCUCUACGAGAGCAAUCUUCCAGCUGAAAAAGAGGAACUAAAGAAGCAGCUAAGGAAAUCCAAAGACCCGGUAGUCGUCGAUCAAUUAAAGAAUCGAGUAGCUUGGAUUGACAAGCAGCUAAAGUUUGACACGACAAAACAAGUGGAAUCAUCGAUCCUCACCGAACACAAGAAGAAAGAGAGGGAGGCUGCAAAGCAAGGCAAACAACCGUUUUAUCUCAAGAAAUCUGAAAUUAAGAAACAAAGGCUCGUCGACAAGUAUAACAAACUCAAGGCAACCGGAAAGCUUGAAUCUUUCAUCGAGAAACGGAGAAAGAAGAAUGCUUCGAAGGACCACAGGUUCAUGCCAUACCGAAGACCAUCCUCAACAGGCGAAUGAGAGCAAUGAAGCUGAUUCGGAUUCAAUCUCCAGGAAGAAAGAAACCCUCUUUAUACCCUUUAUAUAUGUUGUAUUGUGUACGUGUCAGUAGGCUCGAUUAGACUGGCUAUGUGAUCUAAUGACGUAGAUUUCUUGUUGAAAUUUCCUGCCGCGAAUAUGACGAGAUUAGACGUACCAUUUUGAUACUAUCUCGUUGGUUGGAAGUUGCUUUCAUGUUAAAGACUUUGUCGAAAGAACAUCCAUCCCAUUCUUUUGGUUCAUCCGAUGAUGUUGCAAUAACACUAUAAUAACAGCAGACAGCCCAUCGGAAAAGGCCGAAGCCUCGGGCUCGGCCCGGGCAGUGGCGCUUGUGUAAAUAACUGGGAAAUCCAGGG